GAGGGUCGAGUUGAGACACCAACCUCUCAGUCCCAUUUCUCUUCUUGUGCCGCUCUGUCUGCAUUUAUCCUCUGCGUGUGUUUCCUCUUUGCAAUGUCUCCUCUCUGCGUUGCCUAGCAGUCUCCUGCCCUAAACAUGGAUAUCGGAGGCCUGACCACAGUGGUAGCAAACUCUGCUUACAUCAAUGCUCGUGGAAGUUUUGAUGGCACCAAUACAGCAGCAUCCCGGGAUAAGAAGUACCACUCCCGCCUCAGGUUGCCCAACCUCACAGUGUGUGAGGGCCUGAGGGACACCCUAGAUGUGAACUUUGACUCGGUGUGUGUGGAGCAGCCCAUCGGUAAGCGCCUCUUUCGGGAGUUCUUGGAUGCAAAUGCAGAGUAUCACGGUGCUUGUCGUCUGUGGAAAGACCUGGAGGCGUAUGACAAUGCGGAGGAUUCUGGGAGAGCAAAGAAGGCCUCAAAGAUCGUCCAGAACUACAUGGACCCCUCUGCCAAAAACUUCUGCUCCUUCCUGUCUGAGGACCUCGUUGCCAAGGUGAAGGAGAGCCAGGAGGCAGCAGGCGAUGAUCUGUUUGUUGCAGCCUGGGCCAAGCUGUUGGACUUUCUGCGAGACGCUCCUUACACCUCCUUCCUGGAGAGCCUGUUUCUGAAGAGGUUCCUGCAGUGGAAGUGGCUGGAGAUGCAGCCCAUGGACGCAGACUGGUUCCUGGACUUCCGUGUGCUGGGGAAAGGUGGGUUUGGGGAGGUGUCUGCGUGUCAGAUGAAAGCCACAGGGAAACUGUACGCCUGUAAGAAACUCAACAAGAAGAGGCUGAAGAAGAGGAAAGGCUAUGAGGGGGCGAUGGUGGAGAAGAGGAUUCUUGAGAAGGUUUACAGUCGCUUCAUUGUGUCAUUGGCGUACGCCUUCCAGACAAAGGAAGAAAUUUGUCUUGUGAUGACCAUCAUGAACGGAGGAGACCUCAAGUACCACAUCUACCUGGUGGAUGAGAACAACCCGGGCUUUGACGAGCCCAGAGCCUGUUUCUACAUCGCUCAGAUCAUCCAGGGCCUGGAGCACCUCCACCAGAAGAGAAUCAUCUACAGAGAUCUUAAACCAGAAAAUGUGCUGCUGGAUAACGAUGGGAAUGUGCGUAUAUCUGACCUGGGUCUUGCUGUGGAGCUGAAAGAAGGAAAAACACAAACUAAAGGAUACGCUGGGACACCAGGUUACAUGGCUCCAGAGAUGCUGAAAGGAGAGAAGUAUGACACCUCGGUUGACUACUUCACUCUGGGAGUUACUCUGUUUGAGUUCAUUGCAGCUAAGAACCCGUUCAGAAACAGAGGGGAGAAGGUUGAGCGUGAGGAGAUGAAAGAGCGAAUGCUGACACGGGAGGUGACCUAUGAGGACAACUUCAGUGAGCAUGCUCGGUCGCUCUGUGAUGCGCUGCUGGCUAAAGAUGUUGAGAAGAGGAUGGGCUUUAAGAACGAGUGCUGCGAUGACAUCAGAGCGCACCCUUUCUUCAGUGGCAUCAACUGGAGGAAACUGAACGCAGGAAUUCUGCAUCCGCCUUUCGUCCCGGACCCUAAAGUGGUGUACGCUAAAAGUCUGGAUGAUGUUGGCGCUUUCUCCUCGGUGAAGGGAGUGACCUUGGAUGAUCCUGAUAAAACCUUUUUUGAUGAGUUCUCCUCAGGCAACAUCCCCAUCCCCUGGCAGGACGAGAUGAUCGACACAGGCAUUUAUGGAGAGCUCAAUGUUUGGGGUCCUAACGGCAGCAUCCCCAAAGAACGCAGGGAGUCCAUAAUGGAGCAGACGAAAUCCUCAACCUGCUGCGUAUCGUAGAGUGAUGGAAACACCUUGAAAAUUCUAAUAAUAAUAGACUUAUGUGUCAUGAAGACUCAUACUCUCAGGAAAGACACAAGUCUCUUUUGAACCCGCAGUUCAAACUGUUUGUGACUCUUUUAUUACAUUUAAAUAGUGAGUGCAGUAACGAAAACAGAAAGGAUGGUGAUUUUCCAUUUGGAGUGGACUUUAAGUAAUAAUGUUGAAGGUUUUUAUUUAAAUAAAUCUGUUAAGUCACUUUUUAUCCCCAAAUUAGUUAGCACAAUGGGGAAUUACUCUUAUACCCCACUGUCGGGUUUACAGCAUUAGAAACUGGGUGUGUUGGGCAACACGUCCUGGAAUAAUCAUUGGGGGCAUCCUACGGGAAGCCACAUCCAGAAACACACCUGCAAUUACAGCUUAUUGCUAUAGGUGAAAUUUACAGGGAACUUCCAGAUUACACCUUAAAAACUGACAUAAUUUCCCCUUGUUUUCUUGGCCGUUCUAUCAGUCUUUACUAUUUGUGUGCAUGUGGUAAAUGAUUGUCAUACGUUUAGGUUUAAAAUGCAUAUAAAGUAGAAGAUUUUUUAAGAAGGGGGUUAGUUAUGUGAUACAUUUGGUGAUGAGUGAGAGUGACAUGUUGAAUAUGUAAAAAAAUGUAUUUUCUUCUCUUGCACAUGUGCUCCUAUAGAGUGUAGGUUGUUGUUAUUGACGCUACCGCCUUUAGUUUGAACUUUAAACAGCUAAAUAACUGCUGUUGCCGAAAUACCAAAAGCUACGACACCAGGAAUGUACAUUUUUUGAAAACUUCUUUUUCAUGUGUUUUAUUUCAUAGAUCAUAAUUUUACUCUUUGUACAAAAGAUUGAAAAAAAAGCAGUGCACCUUUGAUAAAAGUAAAUGUAGUCAAAUUGUUAUGAAAUAAAGCUAGAUAUAGAGACACGUUUACAGCAUUUCCUUUUUUCUUUUGAUUAAAAUCUGAGAUAUGAACUGUAUAAAAAAGUGCUGGCAAAUAAAAUAGCUUAUUGA